AUGGAGGAUAAUCCUCCUGAUGGAGGAACAAUUCACCGUAAGCGUAAAAACUCAACGCAACGAGAUGAUGAAAGAAGAAGCAAGUCAAGGGCCACAAAUAAUCCACAGCGACAGCAACAUCCGCAACUGACAAAACCACCAGCACAGCUGGCUCCACUCAUUUUACAAGGUGUUAAAAUUACUCGUUUUCAGCUCAGCAAACUUAUAACGAAAACCAUGCCGGAUGUGAAAUUAAUAAACAUUCAGAGUAAUAAAAAUAAUACAUUUACCAUCUUUGCUAGCGAUGUAAACAGUUACAAUCGAAUACUACGAGAUUUAGCCAAACAGAAAUUUGAUAAUGAAAAUGACGUCAAGGUGUAUAUUCCAAGAUCGAUCCAGAAGGUCCUGGACACUGAUAAACAGGCUUUCUUGAAACGGGUUGAUGUUGAAAUAACAACACCAGAGAUUGAAAAUGCAUUAACAGCAGCAGGAUUUAAGUAUGAAAAACUUGAACGCUUACAAAAUUUCAAAAAGGACGGUCCAGGUACAACAGUUAAACUUACAUUUGCUGAUUCAUUCAAUCGUGAUACAAUUGUUCGUACUGGACUACAUUUACAGCAUUUAACUAUCAUAGCUGAACCAGCCAAGUAUUUAACCAAGCCUAUUCAGUGCUAUAAAUGCUUAGGUUUCGGACAUAUUUCAAAAUACUGUCGUGCAACUCAGCAAGUAUGUACAAGAUGCACCGAAGCACACAAUAGUAAAGACUGUGACAAAGAUGCUAAUCAAAUUAAGUAUAAAAACUGUGAGGUAGGCGGUCCACGUCAUCAAAACUCGUCAGCUACAUCGCCUGUUGACAUUGUUGAAGCUGUCUUUAAGACAGUUAUAGCAAUACUUCAACCAACUCUCGCUAAAAUAUUAGAAAAAUUAGAAUUAACAACAACCACCGCAUCACCAGCGUCUACUACUGGAACAGCUAUACAUCAGAAUCACAUGGACCUUGUUCGACAAAUACUAAUUCACGCAAAAAUGCGCCAUUUAACGAAAGAAGCGUGUUUAUUUGCUGUCAAGGAGGCACAAAAACCAAAUAAAAAAUUAAGUACGAUUGCACGUGCACUUAAGUGUGACCGUAGAACAGUUAGUCGUGUUCUGGUGCGCUUCUCGGAAACAGGAUUAUUAACCGAUCAGCAUCGACCAGGUCGGCCAACUGCUCUUACUGAAGACCAGCAAAAGAUGUUAGACAGGUAUAUCACAAAAAACCCAACUGCAACGGCUAACCAACUUUCUAACUAUGUCUUUGAUGAGUUUGGCAUUCGAGUUAGUGGACGCACUUUGCAACGAUAUCGUCGUGCUCCCGGCUUUUGUCCGAGAAAGCAACAAGUCAAAGUGAAAUCAACUGAAGGUCAAAUCGAAAAACGACAUUUUUUUGCGCUAGAACAUCAAAAUACUAACAUCAAAAAGUAG